AUGUCGGCUCUGCCCGAUCCUCUGGCGAGGAGGAAUCGCGGCUUUUUGGGCAGUGAUAGCUCCGCCUUGCCCCCCCGCGAUGAUCAGGAUCGACGCCAGCUGCGAUAUGAACUUGACCUCAACUCAUGGAAUCUCCGCAUCUGGGGCGUGGCAGCUUCUGGCUUUCUGACAGACUCAUACAAUCUCUUUUCUACCAAUGUCAUUCUCGCCUCCAUUGCCUUCGUAUACUGGCCAUCACACGGCUCAAGAUGGCAAGGCUUGCUCAUCAACUUCUUCACUCUCCUGGGCUCUGUCAUCGGGCAGCUUCUGUUCGGCUUCUUGGCUGACUUCUAUGGCCGGACCCGUCUCUAUGGUAUCGAGCUCGUUCUCGUUAUCGUGUCCACCAUCGGAGUGGCAACCAGUAGCUAUGGCUUCGACGACAUGAGCUUCCUAGGACUUUUUAUAUGGUGGCGCUUCGUCAUGGGUAUAGGUAUCGGCGCGGAAUACCCUCUCAGCGCAGUCAUAACCUCAGAGUGGUCGAGCACGCAGUCGCGAGGGACCAUGAUCUCUUCCACCUUCAUGAUGCAACCUAUUGGACAAGCUUUGGCUCAGUUGGUUGGUCUUUGGGUGCUUGUUGGUCGGGAGCAAAGCGCGGGUUUACAAGAAAUGCAAUGCGGCCUUGACAUGAAGUUUGACAGAGAGUGUCGCCGUACGGUUGACGGGAUUUGGCGCAUCGUCAUCGGCUCAGGUGCUGUCCCAGCACUCCUGGCUAUCAUAUUUAGGUUCUUCCUGUUCGACUGUGGAUUAUACAGUCUCGAGGUCCGUAACAAGCCCGGUAUUGCUCUAAGGAAUACGCAAAGAGUGUACGGUGCGCCUCCUGGUGCACCGGCUGGGUAUCCCAUGGCUGCCGCUGAUGGAAUGCAUACCACCAACUCGGCACAGCCUAUGCCCAUUCAGUUCUCCAAGGAGGAUCUUCACAAAUACUUCAUCGAGGACGGAAAUUGGUACUAUCUCCUAGAGCAGGCCAAGCAAUAUCUGCUUACCGUCUCUCUCGCCUCCAUUGCCGGAAGCGCCUGCUUCGUCAUAUUCGCAAACCGUAUCCCCAGACGUCUGUGGCUGACGAUAUCUUUUUUCGUUCUCGCCAUCCUAUUCGUCAUCACGGGCUGCGUGUACUAUGGGGUCAAUCGGACUGAAGGUGCGCCAGCUACCAUCGUUUUCGUAGCAUUGUGUCAUUUCAUGUUCAACUUUGGGGCAAACACACUUACAUUCAUCAUCCCGGCUGAAAUAUUUCCGACGUGCUACCGCUGUACGUGCCACGGUAUCUCUGCCGCGGCCGGUAAACUUGGCAGCAUCGUUGCGUUGCUUGUUGUCUAUGGAAUCAACUCGUCCUAUACUGCCGCGAACCGACAGGGCCUAAUUUUUCUCCUUUUCGGCUCGUUUGUGGCCAUCGGCGCCGUCUUCUCCUGGGCCUAUCUACCCGACUCUCAGCGAUGGACGAUAGACGAGGACGGGCGACGUGUGCUGGAGCAAAAGACUCUUGAAGAACUGGGUGAGGGGCGGGAGAGGGCAAGGCAACUCGGCGAGGUCAUCACUGUCAAAGAUAAAUGGCAUGAUUUGAAGCGAAGGAGAUCAUCGCCUACACCUUCACAGGCUACUGAUCCGUAA